AUGCCUUUACUUAUUUCGGAUGAUCGACUUUUGAACUCAAAACAUCAGAAAUACUUGGAGCGACAUUUGGCAAUUCUGCCGUCAAAGUAUCAAGAUAACGAAGCGAAUAAGCUCGCAAUUGUGACAUAUGCUUUAAUAGGUCUCAAUGUUUUAGGUGUCGACACAUCUGAGAAGUAUAAAAGCAGUAAAAACUGGCUAAGUAAUCAUUAUCGAGAAGUUGACUAUGGCGGCAGUUGCCUCCUUGCUGGUUUUGUACCAAGUACGUCAAUCAACAUCGACAGCAUUCCAUCCCUAAGUUUAAUCAACACAUUAUUUGGCCUCUGGAGCUUGGCCUGUUUAGGUCAAGAGGAAAACAUGUAUGACGAGGUCGACAAAGAACGCAUCUGCCGUUUCGUUUCCCACUGUCAGGUAGAGAGCGGUUCUUUUGUAUCAAGUUUUGAUGUGACUCCGCUGGAUGGAUGUCACACCUCGUCCAUUGAUCCAACAGAUCUAAGGUAUACAUACGCUGCAAUAGCUAUCCUUCACCUAAUGGGUUGUCGGAGAUCUAAGGACUUUGAGAAAUACAUUUCUCUUCAAAGUAUCUUGGCUAAUAUCAGUGAUCAAGCCUGCGCUCAAGGUGGUUUUGGUCAGUACUGUGAGCCGCAUGCGGGCUUUACAUCUUGUGCACUUUCCAUCUUGCAUAUGCUUGGUGAUCAAUGGUCUAUUUUGACUCCUACAUUUUACGAAACAACUGUGCAUUGGCUACUGGAACGUCAAGUAUCAAGCCAAGGAUCUACUACAUCAAUGGCUGAGGGUAAUGAAAACUACGAUCUUGCAGAUCACGGUGGUUUUCAAGGAAGAGAGAAUAAGUUUGCAGACACCUGCUAUUGCUUCUGGGCUCUCAACUCAUUGAGCAUUCUUGAAGAUCAAUGUUCGGCUCGAUUUGACAAACAUGAUCUUCUUUUCAAUUACCUACUGGAUACCACCCAAAAUAACUUAAUAGGAGGAUUUGCCAAAAAUAACGAAGAUGAUCCGGAUCUGUACCAUACCUGUCUAGGUUUAGCCGCGCUCGCUUUAAGAGGUGGAAAUUUUAACGGACCUCUUUUUCUCCCUAAGGACAUCUCUUUGUCCAUAUCAUGA